CUUCCAUCACUUCCGGGCUGAGAACGACGGCCGGCGCGAGUCAGCGACCGCAAUAUACACCGACCCAGAAAAAAACAACAGUCAUCGCCGUGUAUUUCUCCCGUCUAGGUCUUUUAUAAUACAUUUUCAGCAUUUUAAAUGGGAGGCUGCGAGUCUGACUGAAUCAGCGGCGUCAGCGUGGAAGAAUAAGGGAAAGCUCAUCCAUAUUCCUAAGAGGCUUUGCACCCCGUCAGAGCAGAAAACAAAAGUGGGAAAAGGAAAUGGAAUGGGAAGUUGCCCUCUUAGCAAGCAGGUUUGAGAAAAGGCAGUAAUAAGGCCAACAAGUAUCAUCUAUACCCAUAAGCUCUUCAAUAACACAGAAGAAGCCAGACCUUCAGAAGAAGAGGAAUACUAUCACGUAGUUGGAGGAAAGUAAAGAACGACACAAAGAUGAAGUUGAAGGAGGACAUGUCUCCUCUCCUGCUGCAGGUCUUUCGAUCGGUCGUCUGGGUUUAUUCCGUCAUCACAUUCCUGCCCUGGUACCUGCUCUCCGGAGCCAGCAGGAACCAGGCUAAACGGGUCAAAGCGCGCUCAGUAAGCGGGAAUCCGGCAGGACCGUACCGGGCCGUGAACAGCCAGCAGAAGUUGGUGUCCUUGCUGCAUGAGGGUGUGGAUACUUUGGAUAAAGUGUUUGAAUACGCUGUAGUACACUUCCCUCAAAGAGACUGCCUCGGCACUAGAGAGCUGCUGAGCGAGGAAGAUGAGAUACAGCCUAACGGCAAGGUCUUUAAAAAGGUGAUUUUGGGUGAUUAUAACUGGUUGUCGUAUGAAGACACUUUCCAUCUGUCGCAGAGGUUUGGUAGCGGGCUGGCUGCACUGGGUCAGAAGCCUCUAUGUAACAUCGCCGUUUUCUGCGAGACUCGUGCAGAAUGGAUCAUAGCGGCGCAGGCUUGCUUCAUGUACAACUUCCCCUUGGUGACUCUAUACUCCACAUUGGGAGGAGCAGCUAUAGCUCAUGGUCUAAAUGAGACUGAGGUCACACACAUCAUCACCAGCAAAGACCUGCUGCAAAGCCGCCUCAAGGCCAUUCUGAUGGACGUCCCCAGACUGAAGCACAUUAUCGUGGUUGAUAAGAAGCCCACCAGUUGGCCUGACCUCCCCAGAGGCAUCAUGGUCCACAGCAUGGCUGCUGUGCAGGAACUGGGGUCCAAAUCUGAAAAUAUAAUGGUGUCCCGCAGGCAGCCUGUCCCGUCUGAUAUCGCAGUGAUCAUGUACACCAGCGGCUCUACAGGCAUUCCCAAAGGAGUCAUGAUCUCUCAUAGCAACAUCAUCGCUGGAAUCACCGGCAUGGCUGAACGCAUUCCUAACCUAAAUGAGAAUGACACGUACAUCGGCUACCUGCCGCUUGCUCAUGUCCUGGAGCUCAGCGCUGAGCUGGUGUGUGUGUCACAUGGCUGCCGGAUUGGAUAUUCGUCACCUCAGACUCUCGCUGACCAGUCGUCUAAAAUUAAGAAGGGCAGUAAAGGAGACACCAGUAUGCUCAGGCCAACAUUAAUGGCAGCCGUACCUGAGAUUAUGGACCGUAUCUAUAAAAAUGUGAUGACCAAAGUUGAAGAGAUGAGCAGUGUGCAGAAAACUCUCUUUGUUCUGGCAUACAACUACAAGAUGGAGCAGAUCUCCAAAGGAUACAGCACACCACUUUGUGACAGGCUUGUGUUCAAGAAGGUUCGCUCGUUGCUGGGCGGUAACACGCGCGUGCUGUUGUCUGGCGGAGCUCCUUUAUCUGCAGCUACUCAGCGGUUUAUGAACAUCUGUUUCUGCUGUCCUGUGGGACAGGGCUACGGCCUAACCGAGACCUGCGGAGCCGGGACCAUCAGCGAGUUGUCUGAUUACAGCACUGGACGAGUUGGAGCUCCUCUGGUGUGUUCAGAGAUCAUGCUAAAGGACUGGGAGGAAGGUGGUUAUUUCAGUACAGAUAAACCAAACCCACGAGGAGAGAUUCUGAUUGGCGGUCCCAACGUCACCAUGGGUUACUAUAAAAACGAGCAGAAGAACCGAGAGGACUUCUUUGUGGAUGCGAACAGCCAGCGCUGGUUUUGCACCGGAGACAUCGGAGAGUUUCACCCUGACGGCUGCCUCAAGAUUAUCGAUCGUAAGAAGGACCUGGUGAAGUUGCAAGCUGGUGAAUAUGUGUCUUUGGGCAAAGUGGAGGCUGUGCUCAAAAACUGCCCGCUCAUUGACAACAUCUGUGCUUAUGCCAACAGCGAUGAGUCUUAUGUGAUUGGGUUUGUGGUGCCCAAUCAGAAACAGUUAACUGCACUAGCUGAGCAGAAGGGCAUUAGAGGACCAUGGGAAGAGAUCUGCAACCAUGGAGAGAUGGAGAAAGAGGUUCUACGUAUCAUCACAGACGCAGCUAUCACAGGUAAACUGGAACGCUUCGAGAUCCCAAAGAAAAUCCGUCUGAGCGCCGAACCCUGGACGCCUGAGACGGGGCUGGUUACUGACGCCUUCAAACUCAAACGCAAGGAACUAAAAACGCACUAUCAGGACGAUAUCGAGAGGAUGUACGGCGGCAAGUGAAUGAAGCCAGGCGGUGUGAUGUGAUGGGGAGGGAGGAAGGGAGGGAAGGGGGGUUUAGGACACACCAUACCACAAUGCCUAUAUAUACGAAAAAAACAACCCACAAUCCUCUGCCUUCCUGCUCCCUGUGAUGCUCUGCGAUCAAAACAGGGACACACUUGAAUUUUCGUUCACUUAUGAUUUGAUGAGAGGGAAGGGAGUGACAGCAUACGCCACCUGCUGAAGCAGGUCCUAAAAAACGCACUUUCUCAGACGAUUCACGAGAGUGACUCCUGAAAGAGACACACAACACAACCAACAAACUGUGAGACUUUUGGUCCCCGCCCACUCCUCUUGCUUCUCGCUCAUUGGCUCUCGCCCCCUCACCCUGCCCUCACAUUGUUCUGCAGGCAGAUGCGCUUGAUGAUUCCACCCUACUGCGAAGCGGUCACACUGAAUUCUCAUCGAGAGUCUAUGCAGGGAAUCGUUUUGUAAUUUGGCUGUAUUUUUUGUUGCUUAUCUCUUUUAUUUUUCAAAGACUUGUUCUGGUAUGAAUCAGCUGCGAGAUUUGAAUAUGUACGGAAUGCUUCUUUAACUGUGUGUGUUACAAUGUUACUUUUUCUAGAACUUUGGCGUUUGUACUUGACAUUUUGUUACUUUGAACUUCGGCUUCUGUUGUUUACCUGUAUCCAAAGGCUGUUACUGUUGCCCUGUGUGAAAUUAACUAUGUAUUUCAGGAGCUAGUGCACACUGAGGACUGUGUAGCUAGAACGAAACCAGAAAAACCUACCAAUCCAGACCUGGAGAGACCAGUAUUACACGAGAGGUCUGUUUUAAAGCGACCAAAGCGGUUUUAAUUCUGCGCCAAAGCUGUUGCAGAGAGCAGUCUUAAACCAGAGACGUGCUUUAAUACUACAAGAAGCUUGUACUGAUGCUGCAGAGAGUUUUUUGUCAGGGCAACUUUAACAAUAAUCCAAUUUCACAGACAUUAUCCAAAUUUUGUGCAUUUCUAUGUCAGUGAUUCAUUCCUUGUUCCUUCCACAUCCACAGGGUUUGUCUAAGACUCACACAGGAUGUAUGACUCCAUAUUUACAGCGUUUAUUUCUUUUUGUCUGAAUUUGUGAAGCCUUUAAACUUAUUCCUUUCUAAAAAUGUCAUGUGAUCAUACAGUGUGUUGCAUGGAUGUUUUGCAAGGGAGCCAAGUGUUGCCGUGGAGUAGUUCGGGUACCUUUUUGUUUCUUAAAUGGCCAUUUUUAUAUUCUAUUGUGAUUUUGUCAACAUAGGAAAUGAUUAGUGACUUAAAAAGUAUGAAUCUGAAUGUGCAAUAGACUUACGUAUUCUGAGAUACAUCAAAUGACACGCACAGUCCGGCCCCAAGAGCAUGAAUGUUUCCAGCCUCUUCGAUGUAACAGAAGAGACACAUUUAUUCUGCUUCAGACUGUGCAGAUCACUGAUUCACAUUUGACUUUGCAUGAUUCAGGAGAUGUGAACCAAACAAAUAAGCUUCAAAUAAGAACGUUGUACUGCGGACAUCGACUAAUGUGGCAUUUGCAAAAAAAAAAAAAAAUGCAAAUGUUUCUAAAUCUGUACAUUUAUUCAUUAUUUAAGUGAAAAUAUGUUGAUUUUUAUUUUUUUUUUUUUAGCACUUAACAUUUAAGAUCAGAACUUUUUUUAUAUGUUUUCUUGAUUCCUUUAACACUCCAGCUUAGCCGUCACAACAUGAUGCUCUUUACUGAAAGUACUUUUUGUUUUAUUAUAUUUUUUGUUUGUCAUAAAAGGAACUGAAGGCAAAUGGUGUUCCUAAACUAGACAAGUCUGCCUUUCCUGUGCUCGAUGGAGGAUGUUGAUUGCCUUUUUUACACAGUGGAAAUUAAAAGUGGUUUAUAGGAAUUUAUACUUUUGAUAAUUUAUUUCUGUCUUUGAAUUCAGGGAGUGAUUCAUCCCUUCUUAGAGCUGCUGUACUGCUCACCUUGAUUGUGCUUCAUUUACAUCCUGCAAUAUCAUUGGGUCCAGCCACAAGCAUCUGGCCAAUCAGCUGUUAGGCUAGAGAGAGCUCCACCUUAUUGAGCCGAACUGUAAUCUGACUGGUGUGUUCACUUGUCAGUCACGCCCUUAGCAACAGCUAACCCAAAUUAAUCAGCCUGUUAGACAUGUCUGUUUAACUGCAUCCUGCUUUACAUUCUUGAAAUCCUUAAUGCUUAGCGGCUACACACUAUUGGCUAGGCCUAUUGAGAGGAUGUUUGGCGGAGUCAUUCUCUCCUGUUACCCGCUCUGUAAAUAUGAUUUUAUGUCAGAAAUUCAUAAAGUUAGUGCAUUUAGAAGAUGUACAGAUGUAAUAUCUCCUUUAAAUAUGAUUAAUCUUUGUUACUGACCAGGUUUGGGGUCUUUUCUCCUCUGUGUGAGGUGGUUACUGUCUUACGACAAGCAGGUUGAAGCAAAACACUCCUUUAUUUAUUUGUAAUCUGGCCUUGAAACUAUGUUAUACGGAAUAAAGUUUUGUGAAUUACAAGGGGA